CGCCCAUCAACAAAGAGUAUACGCGACGACAUCCGCCAAAUGAGCCGUGAGACGCUCACCAACUCUCGCUCUCUCAACUCGUCGUAGGAAGACCUCGUUGAAGUAUACAUGGCGCCCGCAAAGAAGCGCGAAACGCGCGAAAACCAGUUCUACGAUGUCGGCGUGCAGGGAAGGAAAACGGGCAUUACCCUCGAGGACAGAGGCAUUCGUGACGAACAUGGCCUUGAGCCCAUCUCUGGCAUCUUCUCGUCACCAGAAAAAUCCCCGCCAAAGCGCGCCUCGAACCAGACCCGUGGAACGCUCACAGAGUCGGAAUCCAUGGACCUCACAAGUCCCAUUGCUCAGCCAGCAGCAUCCGCCGCCAAAUUGCUCCGCAGCGCCAGAACGCACCUGCCACCUCCAAAGGCGCGGUCGCCGAUGAAGACCUCACUAGGUUCUUCCCCACGUCGCCAGUCGUCCAUGGGCCCUCGCGCGCACCCAGAGCCCGUCUCAAGCCCCUCGCGCUCUUCAUCCCAUCCAGUCAUAAGCCGACGCCUGGAUUUCGAACAAGAAGAAUCUAGUUUGCAGGAAACUCCAGCGCUUAGUGGCUCUGGUCAACGACGAGGAACACGCCGAAGCAUUUAUAGCAUUGAACCAUCGCCCAGCCGAAUUACAAACAGCGCCAUGGAGGAGACAAUACAAGAGGAGAUCUAUGCGGCUGAAGCAUCGGCAAUCCUCAACGACAUCGGAGAAGAAAGCGGGCUUCAGGACAUAGGAAACGACACUAUCUUGGGUGCAGAAUCAGAAAUCAUUGAGGAAGAUGCUGAGGACAACGAGGACACCACCGCCGAGGUAGAAGUCGAGCUUUUAGUGGACGUAGAAGAGCCAGAAACCAUCACGGAGCCCGUCAAGCAACCUGGCAGGAGAGGACGCAAGCGAAAAAGCGAUGCCGUGGAACCAGCUGCGAUCGAGAAAGAAGUUCUUGAGCCCAAGAAACGAGGACGAAAACCUCUCGAGAAGAAGGACAAGAACGUGCCCGCCGCGCCGGCUGCUGCAUCGCGGCGUUCGAAGCGCGUUUCUGAUAUCACCGAACAGGAGACAAGCACUCUGGAAGACGCCUCUGCCGGAGCUGCGGAGGCGUUCGACACUCCUGUAGCGCCCCGACCACGUGGACGACCGCCGAAAACUGCUGUUGCUGCCCCAGCGGAGAUGGCCCCGCCAGCGAAAAAGCAAAAGCGCCAGGCAAAAGAGCCCGAGAAGGACAAUGUACAGCCCGUUUUCAAGAAACCAAAAGCUGCACCAGUGCCCAAAAAGAAGGCUAAAUCCGAGGAUCCGGGGACGCUAUCACAGCAAAAAUCAGCGGAGAGCGGAAAACUCGUCGAUGUAUAUGGCAAACCUAUCUCAAAAGCUGACUUGGAUCAAAUGUCCACCACAUCAGCGGGGACAAGAUUCGGUCGGGGUCGGCAUCUGUCUGUUUUCCGCGAAUUGGAGCCUGACUCUGCCGCCACUGUGGGCCGUACUGGCAGACAUCGCGUAAAGCCGAUAGACUUCUGGGCCAACGAGGCAGUCUCCUAUGAUCCCACUGGGAACAUGCAAGCAGUUGUGAAUAGGGUUUACCAAGAGCCCCCGAAGGUCAAAAGGAAGUCAGGAAGAAAAGGUCAGAAGAGGUCGCUGUCUGCAAUAGAAGAAGACGACGACGAUGAGGUAGGAACACAACCUUGGGAAAUCGAAGGCGAAGGCAAGUUCAAGGGCAACUACAAGGGCUAUGAUGCAGCAAACAAAAUCUCGACAAAUAAUCUCAUUGAAAGUACAAUUGCCUGGUCCGAUGAGGGCAUCAAACCAAAGCCUCUGCCAGACGGGUCCUUCAAGUUCAUCAAAUUAGCCUCAGGGCAUGUCAACGACGACGACCCAAACAAUAGCAAGACCUACAUGAGCUGGGGUUUUCUCGAGCUGGAAGAGAACCAGAUGAAACGCGCAAAAAACAGCUCAGCUAUGCAUAUGGUCUUCCAUGUUGCGAGCGGUGCUGUGGAAAUCCGGGUUCACGAGAACAUCCUCACUGUGCGACGUGGUGGUGUAUUCCAAGUCCCUCGUGGUAAGUCCAUCCUCCUUCUCCUACCUCCAGAACUUCGUUCCGCAGAUCAUCUAUCUCGAGAUUCCGAUACACGACAGCUUUCUUCCCUCCCUUUUGCACUCCACAUCCUGUGCGACGGCGGUGAGUUUAUGCUUAACCCCGGUGUUCUGUCCAACAUCGACUACGGGAGUUUGCAUACAUCAUUUGGCUUAUCGCGCAACGUCGCACGCCCACUGGACAAGCGAGCGUCGUGUGGCUGGUGCAUGAACAGUGCGCUGGUGCGUUCCUCGCAUGCUGUGUAACACCCUGCCCUGCUUGCUCGCCAACGUUCUGCGUCGUUCGCGCAGGACGCACAUACCAACCACCAUCCUUGCAGCCUUGCUUUCUCCGACCUCGUAUCACGCAUUCGCCGUUCUUUCUUUCUCUGUACCCACAACGAUUCCUGCUUACUAACGCUUUCCUGGCAGGCAACAUGUACAGCAUCAGAAACGCCGGGACCAAGACGAGUCGCCUCUUCUAUG